AUGUCGGAGAUGGCGAGCCCAGAUCCCGAGGGAGUGGACGGAGUCCGCAUGACGUGGAACGUGUGGCCCCGCACGAAGGUGGAAUCCAGCAAGUGCGUCAUCCCUCUGGCCGCCACCGUGGCCCUCAUCCGCCCCCACCCUGACAUCCCCCGCCUCCAGUAUGCCCCUCUCCGCUGCAAGACGUGCUCCUCCGCCCUCAACCCGUUCUCCCGCGUCGACUUCACCGCCAAGAUCUGGAUCUGCCCCUUCUGCUACCAGCGCAACCACUUCCCCCCUCACUACCACGCCAUCUCCGAAACCAGCUUCCCCGGAGAACUCUACCCCCAAUACACCACCGUCGAGUACAUCCUCCCCCUCUCCAAUUCCCUCAACCCUUCCCCCGUUUUCCUCUUCCUUCUCGAUACCUGUCUCAUCGAGGAGGAGAUCCAGUUCCUCAAAUCCGCGUUUCGUCGCGCCAUUGGCCUUCUUCCUGAUAAUGCCCUCGUCGGCUUCGUCUCCUUCGGUACGCAGGUCCAGGUUCACGAAUUGGGCUUCUCCGACAUGUCCAAGGUUUAUGUCUUCCGCGGCUCCAAGGAGAUUCCCGCCGAUCAGAUUCUCGAUCAGCUAGGCCUUUCUGCUUCGGGGAGAAGACCUCACAAGGGCUCCGCCACUCUCGCCGGCGUCGCCGGAUUCCCCAGUUCCGGCAUCACCCGAUUCUUGUUGCCUGCUUCUGAGUGUGAAUAUACACUCAAUGCGCUGUUAGAUGAAUUGCAGACGGAUCAGUGGCCGGUUCCGCCCGGUCGCCGCCCUGCACGCUGCACUGGGGUUGCUUUGAGUGUUGCUGCGGGGUUGCUGAGUGCUUGUAAUCCUGGGACUGGUGCUAGAAUCAUAACAUUGGUUGGGGGGCCGUGCACGGAAGGACCUGGGGCGCGUUCAAGUUUCAUGGAUGAUCUGCUUUACGAGACACUGCUCUUAAAACUGGCUGUGCAAAAUUUUGAUAUUUCUGUUUUGUCACUUGCAUGGAAGGAGACUUGUAGCGAACGUAAGCAAUUGGGCAUCCCGCAGUUACUGUUUAUUAGGAUAUUCCUAAGAUUUGAUUUCUUCCGUCAAGUGUCAUUGGGAUUUGGGACAAAGAAUAAUUGGGUGCAAUUCUUCCUUAAUUUAGAGCUUAGAGGACUAAAGGUUUUAUGGCAAACUUCGAAUACGCAGAAGGGAUCUGUGGUGAAUGCUAUGCUUGCUAUUGUGUCAAAAGAUCUAUCUGACCCGGUUCGUUCUCAUAAAGAUCUUGAUAAAGAUGCAGCACCAUACUUCAAGAAAGCAGUCAAAUUUUAUGAGGGUCUUGCUAAACAGCUGGUUAGCCAGGGUCACGUUUUAGAUAUAUUUGCAUCAGCACUUGAUCAGGUUGGAGUUGCAGAAAUUAAAGUUGCAGUUGAAAGAACUGGUGGUCUUGUAGUCCUAGCUGAAAGUUUUGGUCAUUCAGUCUUCAAGGACUCUUUUAAGCGAGUUUUUGAGGAUGGGGAACAAUCUCUUGGUCUUUGUUUCAAUGGAACCCUGGAGAUAAAUUGCUCCAAGGAAAUCAAAAUUCAGGGAGUGAUUGGGCCUUGCACUUCCUUGGAAAAGAAAGGGCCUUCUGUUGCUGAUACUGUUAUAGGAGAGGGAAACACAACAGCAUGGAAGAUGUGUGGCCUUGACAAAAGUACGUGCUUGACCGUGAUGUUUGAUCUUUCAUCAAGUGAUCGGGCAAACACUCCAGGUGCUGUCAACCCACAAUUGUACUUGCAGUUCCUUACAAGCUAUCAGGACCCAAAUGGUCAAUCAGUGCUUCGUGUCACAACAGUAACUAGAAGAUGGGUAGAUAGUACUGUUAGCUCCGAGGAAUUGGUUCAAGGAUUUGACCAAGAAACUGCAGCAGUUGUAAUGGCUAGAUUUGCUUCUCUAAAAAUGGAGAGUGAGGAAACAUUUGAUGCUACACGAUGGUUGGAUAGGUUUCUCAUUCGCCUCUGUUCUAAGUUUGGUGACUACCGCAAGGAUGAUCCAUCAUCUUUUACAUUAAACCCAUCUUUUUCACUUUUCCCUCAGUUUAUGUUCAAUCUGCGGCGUUCACAGUUUCUACAGGUUUUUAACAACAGUCCAGACGAGACUGCAUAUUUCCGCAUGUUGUUAAAUAGGGAAAAUAUUAGUAAUGCUGCUGUAAUGAUUCAGCCGUCACUGAUAGCAUAUUCAUUUAAUUCACUGCCUGCACCAGCGUUGUUAGAUGUGGCUUCCAUUGCAGCAGACCGGAUUUUGUUACUAGAUUCUUAUUUUAGUGUGGUUAUUUUUCAUGGGAUGACAAUAGCUCAAUGGCGUAACUUGGGAUACCAGAACCAACCAGAACACCAGGCAUUUGCACAACUACUACGAGCUCCGCAUGAUGAUUCUGAAAUGAUAAUUAGAGAACGGUUCCCAGUUCCUAGAUUGGUAGUGUGCGACCAACACGGUUCCCAGGCUAGAUUUUUAUUAGCAAAACUGAAUCCCUCAGCAACGUAUAAUAAUGCACAUGAGAUGGCUGCUGGUUCAGAUGUAAUCUUUACUGAUGAUGUGAGUCUUCAAGUUUUCUUCGAGCAUCUGCAGAGGUUGGCUGUCCAAUCUUGA